AUGGGCCGCGGCAUCUUCGCAGGCAAGGCGGCCUUCGCCAACGCCACUCCCCGCCUGAUGCUCUACUGCCUCAUCUACGCCAUGGGAAGCGUCUUCUUCGGCUACGACGGCGCUUCAUUCGGCGGAGUGCAGGCCAUGACGCCCUUCAUGAACAAGUUCGGUUCUUACAGCGCGACCAAGAAGGCAUAUUACCUCCCCAGCCGGACGGCUAGCUUGAUGAAUAGUCUGCCGCUGCUAGGGAAGUUCACGGGGACGGUGGUCGUGGGGCCUAUUAUUGAGAGGAUCGGGCAUAGGAGGGCGAUGGGGGUGACGUGUUUGGUGCAGAUUGUGGGAGCCAUCAUCCAGGUUACGAGUAACCACGCCGCGCAAUUUGUCACGGGCCGUUUUUUGGUGUACACGGCAGUCGGCCUGGUCGAGAACCUCAACCGUGCCUCGAUUUCUGACGUGUAUCACUACCAGGUCGUCCCGACAUACCAAUCCGAAAUCGCCCCCGCCCCCUUGCGCGGCUUCUUCGUUGGCUCAAUCCAGCUCUGCCUCACCUUCGGCUCCCUCAUCGCCGGCAUCGUCAACGAGUCCAUGUCCCGCCGGACAGACAGCUCAGGCUGGCAGAUCGCGACGGCGAUCCAGGCUCUGCCUGCUGUCCUCAUCAUGUGCGGGCUGUGGUUCACGCCCAACUCGCCCAGGUGGCUCGUCUUCAACGACAGAUCGGACGAGGCCAUUGCCGUCCUGAGGAAGGUCAGGAGGCAGGAGGAUGUGGAUAACGGCAGACCUGAGAUGGAGAUUGCGGCCAUGCGGGAUGAGGGCCAGACCGGCAAGCGGGAGAAGGGGCCUUGGAGGGAUCUGUUUAGUGAGAAGAAUAAGAGGAGGACUGGAUCUGGUCUAAUCACAGAGGGGAACAGGAUCGCAUGCUCCAUCAUGGCUCUUCAGCAGCUUACUGGAGUGACCUUCUCGAGCUCCUACGGCCCGACAUUUUACAGAUCUGUAGGCUUAGCAGACAAGGCCUUCGUCUAUGCCGUCGUCAACAACGCAACCUCCGUAGUCACAGCCAUGAUGGCCAUGGUCUUCCUCGACAUGUUCGGCCGCCGCACCCUCGUCUUCCACGGCGGCUGGUCCCAGGGCGCCUUCCUGAUCGCCAUCGGCGCGCUCGGUCGCAAGGCUAGCCCCAACGUCCACGAGAGCAACGGCAUCGUUGCGGGCAUGCAGCUGUAUACGUGUAUCCUCCACAUGACCCUGGGCCCGGGUGCGUACAUCACUGCCGCGGAGGUGGGGACGCAAACUCUGCGAGAGAAGACGAUGGCUUUGUCGACGGCGCUUAAUGUUGUUGUUGGGUUCAUCGUAGUCUUCGUCACCCCGUACCUCCUCGCUGAGAUUGGCGCCGGGCUGGGCUACAUCUGGGGCGGUUUCGCCUUCUUGACGUCAGUUUGGGCAUGGUUCUUUAUGCCUGAGCUUAAGGGCCGAAACCUGGAGGAAAUUGACCAGCUCUUCGAAGCCAACAUCCCCGCAUGGCAGUUCCACAAGUUCCAGACGGAUGGUCUCAGCCACGAUCUUGCUGUGCUGGAGGGAGGAAAAGCUGACGCCAAGGUUGUUGAGCAAUUGGAGAAUACUGAGCGAGGAGACGCCGUCAAUCGGUAA